CCACUGGAGUAGGUGUCGGGUGUCAGUGUGCGUCUCGCGGUGCCGUAAGCUCCAGCAGUAGGGAAGUGAGAAGCACUUCCUACUUCCUCACGCACAGUUGUUCAAACGCUGUCGCUCAGAGGGCCGAAGGCGGAAAAAUAAUGCCGUUCUGAAAAACGACGCGGACAACUUUUAAGUGUGAAACAGCCACCCAUUUGAGGAAGGGCCGCAGGGAAUGAGCGUGGAGGAGAGCAGCUGCGGUUUGAAGCUAGCCGAGCGGCUCGGAUGGCUGCGCGCGUGCGGAGAGGAGCUGAGUGACGAGGCGACUUCACACACCGGGCCUCGCAACUUCUGAAAGUUGGACACGGCGAAGAAAAACAAGGCGUCGAGAUGAAGAAGCAGUUUAAUCGUAUGAAGCAGCUCGCCAACCAAACGGUUGGAAGAGCGGAGAAAACAGAAGUCCUUAGUGAUGACCUUCUACAGAUUGAGCGCCGCAUGGAGAUGGUGCGGUUGGUCUCGCAUAACACGCACAAGAAGAUGGUGUCAUGUCUGCAGGGCCAUGUUGGAACAGACUUGGAAAAGAGACACAAAAAGCUGCCUCUGAUGGCCCUCUCUCAGGCCAUGGUGGAUGGAGGGAGUCAGUUAGGAGAAGAGUGCAUGAUUGGGAAGAUGAUGGAGGUGUGUGGUGACGCUGAAAGUAAGCUCGCCUAUGAGCAGAGCCAGCAUGAAGUCCAGCUCGAAAGGGAAGUCCUGGACCCACUCAACCAGCUAGCAGAGGUUGAUAUUCCCAAUAUCAUGAAGCAGAGAAAGCAGCUAGCUAAGCUUGUACUGGAUUAUGAUUCUGCAAGAGCGAGAUAUCUGCAGGCCACUAAAGCAAUUCUCACGGCCACAAACAACCAGGCAAUGGCUGCCAAAGCUGACUCAUGUAAAGAGGAGAUGGAUGAAGCCCACAACAAAGUGGAGAUAUGUAAGGAUCAGCUGGCUGCUGACAUGUACAACUUCUCCUCCAAGGAGGGAGAAUAUGCAUGUUAUUAUGUCAUGUUGUUAGAGGCCCAAGCUGAAUACCACAGAAGAUCUCUUGCUUCCAUUGAAAGCGUCCUGCCCACUAUCAGAUCACAGCAAGAGACGUGGUUGGAGAAGCCGGCGUUUGGCACAGCACUUGAGGAGCACCUUAAGCGCAGUAACAGGGAGAUUGCUCUGCCUAUAGAGGCCUGUGUGAUGAUGCUGUUGGAAACAGGCAUGAAAGAGGAGGGAUUGUUUCGUAUUGCUGCAGGAGCCUCUAAACUAAAGAAGCUCAAAGCAGCACUGGAUUGUUCAACUUCUCAGCUGGAGGAGUUUUACUCUGACCCCCAUGCUGUAGCUGGAGCCCUGAAGUCAUACCUGAGGGAGCUGCCUGAACCGCUGAUGACCUUCCAGCUGUAUGAUGAGUGGAUUCAAGCCUCAAAUGUUUCUGAUCCAGAUAAGAGACUGCAGGCAUUGUGGGUAACCUGUGACAGUUUGCCAAAGGCCAACAAGGCUAACCUGAAAUAUUUGGUGAAGUUCCUUGCCAAGCUAGCUCAGGAGAGUGAGGUCAAUAAGAUGACCCCAAGCAACAUUGCCAUUGUUCUGGGACCAAACCUGCUGUGGGCCAAAACUGAGGGGACUCUUGCUGAAAUGGCAGCUGCUACUUCAGUCCAUGUGGUGGCUAUAAUUGAGCCCAUCAUCCAGCAUGCAAACUGGUUUUUCCCCGAAGAUGUGGACUUCAAUGUGUCAGGCAUGUUUGUGAUGCCCACUGGCCCUGUGCACCAGCCUGGGUACUCAGUUACCCCCGAGCCUGAAUAUGCCACUAUAGAACGGAGACGCCCGGGCAGCCAGGGGGCAUUGGAGACCGAGACUCCCCGCAAAGACAGCCCCGCUAGCAAACAUCUGGAGCAUGCACCUCGUAGAACUGGCACUCUAAAUAGAAAGCAGCAGCAGCACACCUCUCCAGCCUUCCAGCCCCCUCUUCCUCCGGUGGAGGCAGGGGGGGUCCAAGCGUCCGAGGCCCCCUCUCAAUCAGCUGUAGGGGGCUCGGAGGCUGGAGCUAUAAUGGCUCAGAACCACCAGACUAUAAGCCAGCAGCAAUCUGCUGAGGAGAGCAGUGUUGUGCGAGAGCCAACCUCCACACCUCCACCCCUGAGAAAUGGCCCUGGAGGCCCCAGUGGAACGCCUGGGCAGCUGACGGUGGGGACGCCAACAUCUGCUUCCAAGGGCCCCAGUCCACAUGUGGUGCGCAGAGGUACAAAGAAACAGGCCCCUGCACCACCUAAAGUGGCUCCCAACCCCUCUUCCACUGCAACUACACCCCUGAAAGCCACACCCCCCUCCUCUGCACAGGCCCAGAACCAAACCCCAGCAGUGAGUCCCGCCCAGCCUGUAACCCUACCUCGCCGCCACUCUGGUAACCAGAUGCCCAUCCACGCCCCAAGUCACCCUCCUCCUCAGCCUCCACAGAAUGCAACAGACCCGGAGCCGUCCCCUCCCAACAGCCCCACUCCUCCUGACACGCCCCCACACGACUCCACCCAACCUGCUUCUUUGUCCCGCCCUCGGCCAGUUCCCAGACCACGGCCCAGACCCAGUGUACCACCGCCGCCCCAGCCUCCCAGCGAGAGCACUAAUGGAGUGUGCAACUCUGCGUCCAAGAUCAUUACAGAUGUGGGCGUGACAUUGAAGGGGCCCGGGCGGCUCUUUGUCCCGCAUAUUGUUGAGGAAGAGCCUGCGACUACGCCCCCUGAUGCUGAGACCCAAUCAGAGAGCACCAUGCUUUGAGGAGGAGAUGAAACCCCUCCUCCUCAUGCAGCCAAUCACUCCCUUUAAUGCUGUUUUGAGGCAGAAUGAUGCUCUGUAGACAAUCCUGGCACUCCGGGGUCUUCUAGGCACCGAGGGAACUUUUUAGACGCUGUUACUGUUUCAACAUUGCUGACAUAUUGAGGCUUGAGGUAAGCGAUAAACAUGCUGUAUACUGUACCAAUAUCACAUAAACUGUAACCUCUCUCGCGUGCCAGAAUGGUUCUCGCUGCUUAGGCUUUAACUUCACAAAUAUGUUUUUUUUUUUUGUGCUUUUGUGUUGUUUCGUAUUGUAAACUACAUACCUACGUAUUAUUACUUUGUGAGUGUUUUACUGCACAUAAUUGUAAGGGAACAGCAAGGACAAAGCAAACCAAGCUUUAUGUAAAUGAAGUUCUCAUUCACACACAGUCACACACCGAACACUGUGUGUGCUGCCCUAUAUGUAUCAUUCUCUCUUAUUCCUGUCAGCCAUCUUUAUUUUAAACUCUCAGUUACUGAGAGUGCAGGAUUUCAUUUUGAAUACCUGAGAGAUAAUGGAGUGAUUUCUAAGAGACCAAAAACCUGCUAUAGGAAAUGGAUAAUAGUGAAAAACUUGAUUUUAAAUGACAUACAUAUGGAAAUGCAGUGUAUGGCUAAAUAUCAAGUAUUGAUUUUUGAGUACUUUUAUUUCUGUGGUGCAAUAUUGAUUGCAGUUUAGACCUUCUUUCUUUUUUUCUUACAAAUGAGACAAUCACUAUAUCAAUAUUUUAAAGUAAAUGAGUGAAAUUGUGAUGUUGCGCAGGGAUUGAUCAAAUGGACCAAAUAAUACAGCAAUAAAACAAUCUCACAUAUCUGUUAAACAUCAUAUAAAUAUCUGUAUGGUGUUUUAACAAUCAUUUGGCCCACCUGAAUGCAAUGUUUUUGCAUUAAUAAAUUACUUGAAAUUUAAGUACAACUGCCACAAGGCUAUAUUUCUCUUGAGUAUGCUGUUCAGGUAGAAUUAGUUGAAUGUUUUAGGGGAAAUGCUACACAACAUUGAUGUCUUCUGAAAAGGACCCAAUAUUAAAUUUCUUAAAUUAAGAAAUUUAUCUCAUAUGAUUUGAUCCAGAUUUAAUUUUUUUUUUAUGUCUUUUUGCAUUCUUUGCUUUGUAAUUUUGGUGUUAUUUUUUCUAUAACAAUGACAGUCCAACAAAAAUGUGGGUGAAUAUUUGAAUAGUUCAGUUAUGCUCAGGAAAUAGCAACUCAGAAAAGCAAGUCAUUCAUCCAUUUAAUUACUGACGUAUCUUUUGGGUUUUUUUUGCAACAGGCUACUUCUAAAUGACAUAAAGGCUUGUAAAUGUUGAUUUGUAUUUUUGUUCAACUUUUUUCUUUUAUACUGUGUGCACCUUUUCUGCAGCUGAGCUGGUUCUGCACAUUUCUCAAAGCAAAGAUACUCCAGUGUGUUGUACUGAUUACUGCUGUAUUUCCUACACAGCAAGUUGAAUGACAUACAAUUACCUAAUAAAAUGCCAGGCAAUAAGAAAAAUAAAAUUCAGUUCAAAAUGUA